UAAAGCGCAACGAAAAUUGAUAUUUUUAUAGACCAGUAAAAACUAGGAAAAUGGCAUACGACGAUGUCAUUUCCAAAAUGGGCCAGUUUGGCAAAUAUCAGCGUAGGAUAUAUUUGCUGUUAUGCUUGCCAGCGAUAUCGUGUGCUUUUCACAAACUUGCAGGAGUUUUCCUUGGGGCAAAAAUGUCUUCGAGAUGUAUGCUGCCUUUUGAAAAUAUAGACAAUGCCACGUUUUUUUUAUCUGAAAAUUUAAUGAACUCGAGUUAUCCAUGGGAUUACAAAAGCAAGUCAUGGUCUCAUUGUGAACGAUAUUCAGAUCUAUCAGUCGUAGAUUCGAUGAAAAUAGAUUAUUCAUUAAACCAACAACAUUAUUCUACUAGAAAUAUUACUAAAUGCGAUCUCUUUGUGUACGAUAGAAGCAAGUACAAGAGCUCUACCACAUCCGAAUGGAAUUUGGUGUGCGAUAAGGAUUGGCUUAGGGCAAUGGGGGAUUCUGUUUUUAUGGUUGGAGUGAUGCUCGGCUCAACAAUAUUCGGCGCCCUGUCCGAUAAAUAUGGACGUCGACCAAUUUUCUUUCUGUCGCUAGUUAUACAGCUAAUUGGUGGUGUUGUAGUUGCCGUCACACCAGAAUUUAUUUCAUUUGUGAUCUUCAGAGCAAUCGUUGGUUCUACGACCAGCGGUGUGUUUCUUGUCGCUUAUGUUAUUGCUUUGGAAAUGGUGGGGCCGCAGAAACGGCUAAUAGCCGGUGUUGGCUGUCAACUAUUUUUCACUGCUGGAUACAUUAUGACAGCUGGUUUCGCCUAUUAUAUUACCGAUUGGAGGACUUUACAAUUUGCACUUACGAUCCCGAGCACGGCUUUUUUGCUCUAUUGGUGGUUCAUACCAGAGUCGGCGCGAUGGCUAUUGACGAAAGGUCGGGCCAAAGAGGCUCGGGAACUACUGCACAAAGCAUCCUUGGAAAACGGCGCCGAGAUCACAGAAUCGACUCUCGAAAGACUUCUCGAUGAAACUAAUAGCGAUAGUACACCCGAUACCAAAAAGCCGUCCAUAUUUGAUCUCUUCAGAUAUCCAAAUCUCAGAAAGAAGAGUUUCCUCCUCUUCUUCAACUGGCUCGUAAACAGUGGUACGUAUUAUGGACUAUCAUGGAACGCAUCCAGUCUCGGCGGCAACGAUUACUUGAAUUUCGUCAUAUCCGGCCUCGUUGAGAUACCGGCUUACACUUUUCUUAUUUUCACGCUCAACCGAUGGGGUAGAAAAGUGAUUUUAUGCGGAUGCAUGAUAGCAUCCGGUCUGGCCCUCGUAGCGACGUUAUUUAUACCGAGCGAUAUGACAUGGCUAAAGGUGACGUUUGCGAUGAUAGCGAAAUUGGUGAUCACGUCGUCCUACGGUACAAUUUACGUCUUCACAGCUGAACAAUUUCCCACGGUUAUCAGGAACGUGGGCUUAGGAGCAAGUUCGACGUUUGCGCGAAUAGGCGGAGUUAUCGCUCCUUAUAUUAAUUUUUUGGCCUUAUAUUGGGAGCCACUGCCUUUCGUAAUCUUUGGUUUUUGUUCGCUUCUCGGUGGUAUUCUUUCCCUCCUCUUGCCAGAGACUUUGAAUAAAAAGCUACCGGAAACAAUCCAGGAUGGCGAAGCAUUCGGAAUAAAAUUAUCUAAAAAUAAAAAGAUUGGAUUGGAAGUCGAAGAUAUAAAUGGCAUGGAUGAAGUUAAUAAUAUCAAGCAGGUUAAAUUAUAAGAAAAUUAAAAUUGAUUAUUUUUAAUGAUCAU